CCUUCCUUCUUCUGUUUCACGUCUGUUCCUUGUUUCCCCGGUCCUUCCCUCCUCCUGUACCCAGAAGGCCGGCCCUCCUCUCUCUCCAGCCUUUCCUUUCCCUUGGCAUGGAGCUGGCACUACCCAUUUCCUGUUACCUGCUGUGGUUCAUUAAUUUUGGUGUGAGGAGCCAGUCCUUAUUACACAGCUCUUUAGGAAUAUUUCACAACAAGUCGUGGAUCGAGAGUAAAGAUACAUGCAGUGGUGUUGUUCUUCUGUUCAGCAAUGACAACUUCAGCCUGGCAUGCGAUGAGCACUGGAAUGUGGACUCGCCACUCGCGCAGGUGGUGUGCCUGGAAUCAGGCUGUGGGACUCCAAACGCCACGUGGAACUUGCACUCGUCUCCCGACUCUGCUAUUGAGGCCAUACAGGGGGUUCAGUGCUCAGGAGAUGAACCCAGUGUGGGUCAAUGCAGGGCACCUGGACAGACUGUGCAGAUGUGUGCGCCGGAGAGGAUAGCAGCUGUGACCUGUAACCAAAAUGGUACGGACACCCCAGGUACAGAUAUCCCACAAAAUGACAUGGCUACUACUGGAACAUUUAGCACUCAGAAUGAUAUAGCCACUCCUGGAACAUAUAGCACUCAGAAUGGCCCCAGCACUCCUGGAACAUAUAGCACUCAGAAUGGCCCCAGCACUCCUGGAACAUAUAGCACUCAGAAUGGCCCCAGCACUCCUGGAACAUAUAGCACUCAGAAUGGCCCCAGCACUCCUGGAACAUAUAGCACUCAGAAUGGCCCCAGCACUCCUGGAACAUAUAUCACACAGAAUGGCCCCAGCACUCCUGGAACAUAUAGCACUCAGAAUGGCCCCAGCACUCCUGGAACAUAUAGCACUCAGAAUGGCCCCAGCACUCCUGGAACAUAUAGCACUCAGAAUGGCCCCAGCACUCCUGGAACAUAUAGCACUCAGAAUGGCCCCAGCACUCCUGGAACAUAUAGCACUCAGAAUGAUAUGGCCACUCCUGGAACAUAUAUCACACAGAAUGGAACAGAUACUACAGAUAAUAGAACCUUGCGCAUGACCGGGGGGCGAACCUCUUGUGAUGGACACGUGGAAGUAUUAAAGGACAACAUGUGGAGACCCCUGUGCUACAGUGGUGUUAGGGAGAACGAAGCUCCAGCUCUGUGCCAGCAGGUGGGGUGUGUGCCCCAACAACCUGCUUUCACAGCACUCAGCAAGGGAAGAAGAAAACUGCCAUCGGUGGCAUUCCAGUGCCAAGGAAAUGAGACUGAAUUCUGGGAGUGCGACUCAAGGCUGGUCGACAUUUGCAAGGCUGAUCUGACUACCUAUCUUCAGUGUGAUCAGUCCAGGAUGCAAGAGUCUUGGAUGGUCUGGCUGGCCAUCUUCAUUGCAGUUCUGAUGAUUACAUUCUUCUGCUGGGAUAAAAUAUGCAAGACCUGCAAAUGCUGCGUGGACUCUUAUGGGCACAGGCGCUUCUUUACUUCUGGCAUGCAGCGCUUUGGCAAAAAGUCCACCCGUAGAAGUAUAUACAGAAGAGAAACCCCGGGUAUCACCGUCCAGGAGACACACAGCCCUCCUUCCUCUCCUGCUGUCCUCGAGAACCCCAGUGAAGUAAAUGCCUUGCUGGCUCCCCAUGGAUUCCGGCUGAACAAUACCAUCACUCCACCUCCCAGUUACAUGCACGCCCUCAAGAUCCUCUCUCGGCCCCUGGAGAACACGCAGACUCCACCGCCCAGCUACCUGGAGGCGCUGAAGAUCCUCUCCCGCCCAGUCAUUGUCCAUGUUCAUGCGGAGGCGAACGCAGGGGAAAAGGAAGAUCUGACUGACCUCUCUGAUCAGCUCAAGGAGGAUCCCGACAGAAAAUGAGCCUUAAUGAAGAAGGGACCUGUUUUGCGCCUUAAUAAGCACAAUGGCAAUAAAUCUACAUCUGAUCAGAAUGUCCAAAGCAAACCAAAAAGAUGGAAUUGAUAUACCUGUAAUAAUUCUGUUCAUCAGUGGGGCCACAUGUGUGAUAGAUUUAUUAGAUUCUUAUCCUUUCAUUCCUUAGAAAAUAUCAUGGCUGAGAAAAUCACAUCAUUUUUAUUUAACUUGUUGGCCCCAAGACUACAGAACACUUUUGUUUAUGAUCCCUUAAUUCCAUAUGUCUAUAUUUUUUGUCUUCGCAAGGCAGAAUAAGGGUAAACCCAUCAGCAGUGUGAUGUAUCUGCCUUGCUGAUCCCAAGCCUAUACAACAGAUCAUGGAGUCUUUAGCAUCCUGUGUGUUUUUGGGUAUGAUAUCACAAGCGAGUGUCUCAGCUGUGUGCCUUGCCUCAUAAGGAAUGACUGGUUACAACUGUCAUGUAUUUUGCUGGGAUUUAAUGUCUGAGGAUUGAUGGGGCUCAUUAAUGAAGAUUUAGAGAACGCCGCCUGAUAUUUUAUUAAGGACAGCAUACUAUUUCUUCUUCAUGGUUUCACAUGCACAGCUCCUGCGGCCCACCUCGGUGCUCUCUGUAGAUACAUGUGGCCUUGCUCUUUAUGGUGCUACAGCAUUGGGCAGGCGUUGCCUGGCCUGAGCCUUAUGUAUUGCUCUUUGCGGGGACCCAGUGCCUUGUGGGAGAGUUCUUCACCUUUUGGACACAAGGCUGCAGUUGUGCAAAGAUAGCACCACCGCCUAAUAAUGUAUUUACUCUGGGACACGGUAAAGUACAUUUUACUCAAUGUAUGUAUCUAUGCCUUUAAACUAAAUAAGGGAGCUCAAAGCCACAGCCACAGCCAUUAGGAUAAACCAUAAUAGUCACCUAUUUCCCAGACACCUGUAUUGCUCCUGUAUCACUCCUGCACUUACAACAGGCACAGACCAUGCAAUGACUCUAAAUAUGCACCGACAUUAUUCAAACACUAAGAGACCCACUGUAUGGAAACAGUAAUGGGGUCAUCCCACUCCUUGCUGGAUACCUUGUGCAGGCCCGGACUGGCAAUCUGUGGGUUCUGGCAAAUGCCAGAGGGGCUGCUGUAAGGUGCCACAGACAGUCACUAUUUAUUGGGCUGGUGGGGGGCUGUUUGGGCCUUUGUUUACUUGAAACUUCAGGGCCUAUUUUGACUCCCAGUCCGGACCUGCGUGGUGGGUACUUGCUACUUAAACAUAUUGGGGGGGGGGGGGGUAAGAUUUAAAUGAAAGUUUUGUCUUGAUAAAUUAUUUCUUCUUGUCUUUUCCAGUGUGCAAGCAAGAGCAUUUAUGGCUGUUUGCUUAUAAUGCUGGACUUUAUUAUGACACUGUUAUUUUGUACCAAUAAACCUUUUUAUAUUGCUGCUAAUCCAAAUACA